ACGGAUCCUGACGCUAGAGGGCGAUGUAUCAAACGCAACUCAACGCAACGCGAGAAGAACUCCACUGAAGUCAACAUGGCGUCAUGCAGCAGGGCUCAAGUGAUCUCUCUCUACAGGAUGCUUAUGAAAGAGAGUAAACAGUUCCCCUCAUAUAAUUACAGAACAUACGCACUUCGCAGAGUGAAAGAUGGCUUCAGGGAGAACCUUCAUGUGGACAACCCCAAAACACUGGAUAUGCUCAUAAAUCAAGCUAGAGAGAACCUGGCGGUCAUCAAGAGACAGGUUUCCAUUGGCCAUCUGUAUUCUGCUCAGAAGACCAUUGUUGAAAAAGAGCCUCAGUUAUAAGUGUCGUCAGAAUCAAAAUGUCUGCUUUGUUAAUGACAAAUCUGUUUAUCCCGGGAGCUGCAACACCAGCCGACCAUGUUUGUGAAGUUGUAUAUUAGAGUAUACUGUAAAUGUAUGUUUAUGUCAUUUUUUAGCAAAUAAAUAAGAUGCAUAUAAUGAAUGGCUAUAAUAUAAGAAUCACUGUAAAAAGACAUUUGAGCAACACUUAAGUUUGUUUUGCAGAUCUGUAAGACAUAUGACAAUACUAAACAUGUUACCUACAAUAUGGUAGUAUGACUUAAUUAAAAUGUGUUCAAAUGA